AUGAGCGAAUCUGUUCACGAAGAUAGAACCAUUGAACAAUGGAGAAUUAAAAAGCUGAUUAAAAACUUGAGUGAGGCUAGAGGUAAUGGUACCAGUAUGAUUUCUCUCAUUAUUCCUCCAAAGGAUCAAAUCGCGAGAGUAACCAAAAUGUUGCAAGAAGAAUAUGGUACCGCUUCCAACAUUAAAAGUAGAGUCAACAGAAUUUCUGUACAAGACGCUAUUACCUCCACCAUUCAACGUUUAAAGUUGAUUACAAGAGUACCCGAUAACGGAUUAGUCGUUUACUCUGGUACUGUUCUCACCGAAGACGGAAAGGAAAAGAGAGUCACCUAUGAUAUGGAACCAUUCAAGCCAAUCAACACUUCCUUGUAUUUGUGUGAUAACAAAUUCCAUGUUGAGCCUUUACAAGAAUUGCUUGAAAGUGAUGAAAAAUUUGGUUUUAUUAUUAUGGAUGGUAACGGUUGCCUUUACGGAACACUCUCAGGAAACACAAGCACUGUUCUUCAAAAGAUUAGCGUUGACUUGCCAAAGAAGCACGGUCGUGGUGGUCAAUCUGCUUUGCGUUUCGCUAGAUUGCGUUUAGAAAAGAGACACAACUAUGUUAGAAGAUGUGCUGAAUUGGCUGUUCAACAUUUUAUUACAAACGAUCGACCAAACGUUUCUGGACUCAUUCUUGCUGGUUCUGCUGACUUUAAGGUUGAUUUGACUCGUACUGAUUUACUUGACCAACGUCUUCAAGCCAUUAUUUUGAAGGUUGUCGACAUUGCUUACGGAGGCGAAAUUGGUUUCCAACAAGCCAUCGAGUUGUCACAAGAAUGUUUGAAAGAAGUCAAUUUUAUUCGUGAAAAGAAAAUUAUCGAUGAAUUCUUUACCGAAAUUUCAAAGGACACAAACAAGUUCGUUUUUGGUGUAAAGGAAACUCUUUCUGCAAUGGACAUGGGUGCUGUUAAGACUCUCAUUGUCUGGGAAAAUCUUCCUCAUCUCAGAUACAAUAUUAAGCAACCAAACGGUGACUAUGUCGUCAAGUUCUUGACACCUGAUGAAGCCAAGUCAAACAAACAUACCGUUGACGAGAACGGAAAUACUUUAGAUUAUGAAGUUGUUUCUUUACUGGAAUGGAUUGUUGAAAACUACAAAUCUAAGGGAUGUAAUUUGGAGAUUGUCACUGAUUGUACUCCUGAAGGAUCUCAAUUUGUGAAAGGUUUUGGUGGUAUGGGUGGUGUUUUAACCUAUCCAAUGAACAUGGACGAAGUGUCUUAUUAUCAAAAUGAUGAGCACUUGGCCGAUGAAGACCAAUUCAAUGAGGAUGACUUCAUUUAA